GCAAGUCUGGUUUCCGGCGGGAGCCGGGACUGUGGGCGGAGGUGAGGCUGCGGCUUGGGUGGUGGAGCAGGAGCUGGAGCUGGAGCUGGCUGGGUGCUGCGCUGCCCUGUGGUACUCGCCGGAAUGCCUCACUUGGAAAACACGGUGCUUUGUCGCGAGUCCCAAGUGUCCACCUUGCAGUCCCUGUUUGGAGAGAGACAUCAUUUCAGCUUUCCAUCAAUUUUUAUUUAUGGGCAUACUGCCAGUGGAAAGACCUAUGUAACACAAACUUUGUUGAAAACUUUAGAGCUCCCACAUGUCUUUGUGAAUUGUGUUGAAUGCUUUACCUUGAGGCUGCUCUUAGAACAAAUUUUAAACAAAUUGAAUCAUCUUAGUUCUUCAGAGAAUCGAUGUCCUACCCACAUAACCUGUGAAACAUUUAAUGAUUUUGUUCGCUUAUUUAAACAAGUAACCAAAGCUGAAAGUCUCAAGGAUCAGACUGUAUAUAUCGUUCUAGACAAAGCAGAAUAUCUAAGAGAUAUGGAAGCAAAUCUUUUGCCUGGGUUUCUUAGGUUACAAGAAUUGACUGACAGAAAUGUGACUGUUCUCUUUCUCAGUGAAAUUGUUUGGGAAAAGUUUCGUCCAAAUACUGGGUGUUUUGAGCCAUUUGUCUUGUAUUUCCCUGAUUAUAGCAUAGGGAACCUUCAAAAGAUCUUGUCGCAUGAUCAUCCUCCAGAGUAUUCAGCUGAUUUCUAUGCUGCCUACAUUAAUAUUCUUCUUGGAGUUUUCUAUACCGUCUGCCGAGAUUUGAAGGAGCUCAGACAUCUGGCAGUACUUAAUUUUCCUAAAUAUUGUGAGCCUGUGGUUAAAGGAGAAGCAAAUGAACGUGAUACUCGCAAACUCUGGAGAAAUAUUGAACCUCAUUUGAAGAAAGCCAUGCAGACUGUUUAUCUCCGGGAAAUAUCAAGUUCACAGUGGGAAAAGCUACAGAAAGAUGACACAGAUCCAGCACAACUGAAAGGUCUCUCAGCAUAUACUCAUGUGGAACUUCCAUAUUACUCCAAGUUUAUUCUCAUUGCUGCAUACCUCGCUUCGUACAAUCCAGCAAGAACUGACAAGAGGUUCUUCCUUAAGCAUCAUGGGAAAAUCAAGAAAACCAACUUCCUAAAGAAACAUGAAAAGACAAGCAAUCAUCUUCUCGGUCCAAAACCAUUUCCACUUGACAGGUUAUUAGCAAUAUUGUAUAGUAUCGUGGAUAGCAGGGUUGCUCCAACAGCAAACAUCUUUUCCCAGAUUACCUCUCUAGUGACCCUUCAGCUAUUAACCCUGGUUGGUCACGACGAUCAGCUUGAUGGACCAAAAUACAAAUGUACUGUAUCUCUAGAUUUCAUCAGAGCUAUUGCUAGGACGGUGAACUUUGACAUAAUAAAAUACUUGUAUGAUUUCUUGUGAAAACAAGCUUCAAAGCCAUAUGGACACUGUGACAAUGACUAAGCCAAGCUGUGUUCAUCCAACUACUUAGCUGGCCAGGGAGAGGAGUUCUUUGGCUCUAUUGGAUUUGUCCAGACAGGUGCUGGCCCAGCAUGGAAUCUGAUGAAAAUACUCUGAUUGGUCUGGGUGGAUGUGAGCAGAAGACUAUUUACCAGGGACCCUGGAGUAUUUGGAAGCAACGUGUUAAUUAUAAACAGCAGGGUUUGAGCACAAUCUGUUCUACUCUUAAUGAUGUUAUCUUAACACUGAAAUUGCCUGAAACCCAUUUACUUAGGACUACAUUUUGCUCUGUGAACUAUCCCCUGCGCUUUGAACGUGCCAGCAGCCCUUGUAUAUAAGCCCAGUCUUUUCACUUCCUCUCCACAGGAGCCUCUGCAGUUGCUUGCCAAAGCAGAUUUUCCUAAGGCCACCGUUUUAAAAGAUCAUAGUUGCAAAAUAUAAUAAAUAGAAGGUUUUUUUUUUUUUUUUUUAAAUCCAAGCUUGUAUAUGCUUAGCCUUCACCCUGAUUUUCUUAAAAGGCCCAAGGUAGUUUGAUCAGAUAUAGGCCAAUUUUCCAUCUCCAAGCCUGCAUGAUAACUGCAGUCUGCUCAUGUGGGGUUUUUCUGGUCACUCUUGCAAUUAACCACCCAACCUAGCUUUUUAAUCCGUGUUUUCUUUCUUAAAUCACUGGACUUUAAGAGUUCCACAAUAAAAGUUUUUCCUGUUAUAUCA